GGUAUCCUAGGGGUUUGUUAUGAGGUUGAUGAGCAAAUAGUGGAAAGCUUCUCGCAAAGUUGAAGGGUUUAUGUGAAGUAAAAGUUGUUGCUGUUCUUGUAUAGUUAGUUACUACCGCGUAUUUCCUUAACACUGUCGCUCUACAAAGUGCACCAUGCAAGUUAUUACCGAUACCGACAAACUGGAGACGAAAGGAGCAGGUUUAUGCUAAUUAACCUUGGAAAAAAUAUAGGAGAGGCGGGGCAGGAGACGAGGAGUGCCGGCGGCGAAGCCAUUUUGAAAUCAGUUUAAAAGUUUUUAGUGGUUAAAGGGAGCGAGCAUCGAUAGUUUGGUGACUCAUCACUUAGUGCACCCCGAUUUAUGGAACUAUUAAUGAAUUACGGAAGGGCCAGGUGCCAGCUUUGACAGGAGUAUACACAGCAAAGCGAAUGUGGGGUUCAUGGAUUUUGCGGGCGUUUUAGGGGCCAGCGCUGCACGUUACAAAAGGUUUUUGGAACUAUGGAAACGGCUUUGGUGCUCUCCGUCUGGAUUUUAAUCAGUUCGUUGUGCACGUUGCAGGUGCUGGUGGGGUGUUUCGAUCUGCACUUUUCUGAUCGCUUGGAUGCUGGGAAUUUUCUGCUGAAUGCCUCGCUGGGUCAUCAUCACUGGGUGUACAAGGUGGAUAGACGGCUGACCUCUGCCACCCUACGGAAUUUAAUACAUGUAGAUUGUAACGGGCAGCUGAUCCUAGCACGGCGACCGAUCUGCUCUGAGCUAGAAGCGAACCCAGCAACUGCUUACUUACACAUUGGAUCUGGAUCGCGUGGAACUUUUAUUGUAGCCCGUUUCAACGUGUAUGUCCACGGGCAGGACUGCUUCAUCAAAUACAAACGGAAGGACAGGACGUGGUAUGAGCCUGAUGUCUCUGUUAGUUAUAUUUUGACACUGAGAGCACUCCCCUGCUCCGAGUCCGAAGAACUUGAGUUACUGAAUAUAAAAAGUCAUCUUCCAGUUUUCGUUCGGGAUUUGGGAUUGCUUCAGUGUACCUGCCGUCGGGAUUAUAAUCAGAUAGGUUGCACGAAAGGAAUGCUUGUGUUGAAGAAAGGUCGGUGCUUGGAGUCUAGGGAUGUAAUCCAGGUGGAUGUGAUAUGCUCUGACGGUGGGACGGGUUCUGAUGGCAUGCUGGUCCGGGUAAACUUAAGACCGAUUUACCUAAGUAACAGUUUGAAACGGCACGUGAGACGGGACGAUACGGAGAGUAGGAGGGAAAAGAGGAACAUUAACAACAGUCCGCAAUUCCAGUUACCGAACUAUCAGGUAUCAGUACCUGAGAACGAACCUGCGGAAACCCGAGUGAUUACGCUGAAAGCAGUGGAUCCAGAUGAGGGGGAAUCGGGCAGGGUGGAAUACUCCAUGGAGGCGCUUUUCGACAGCCGCUCCAAUGAUUACUUCAAAAUUGAUCCUGUCACAGGCAGCGUUACCACCAGACAGGCCUUGGACCGGGAGACCAAAGACACCCAUGUGCUGAAAGUAACUGCCACUGAUAAUGGGUCACCUAGAAGGUCUGCUACUUCCUACCUCACUGUCACAGUUAGCGACACUAAUGACCACGAGCCGGUUUUCGAGCAGUCAGAGUACAGAGAAAGCAUCAGAGAGAACAUUGAGGUGGGCUAUGAGGUGCUGACCAUGCGAGCCACAGAUGGAGACGCUCAUUCCAAUGCCAACAUGCUGUAUAGGAUAGUAAAUGGAGAUGGAGUUAAUUCGGCUUUUGAAAUCGAUCCAAGGACUGGGGUGGUAAAAACUAGGGCACUUUUGGACAGAGAAACAGUUUCUCAGUACCAGCUAGUGGUCGAAGCCAACGAUCAGGGGCGAGAUCCAGGUCCUAAGAGUGCUAGCGCAACAGUUUACAUAAUAGUAGAAGACGAAAAUGAUAAUUACCCUCAGUUUACAGAAAAAAGGUAUGUGGUCCAUGUGUCCGAAGAUGUGCCCAUAAAUACAAAGAUCAUUCAGGUUAAAGCCACUGACAAAGACAAGGGUAACAAUGCUGUCAUUCAUUAUAGUAUUGUAAGUGGAAACAUCAAGGGACAAUUUUAUAUGGACUCUUUCACAGGAGAGAUUGAUGUUAUUAACCCACUGGACCAUGAAGUUACAAGGGAAUAUAGCUUAAGAAUCAAAGCUCAAGAUGGAGGGAGGCCACCACUGAUAAAUACCACUGGGAUAGUGCAGAUUUAUGUGGUUGAUGUCAAUGACAAUCCACCGAUUUUCAUCAGCACACCUUUUCAGUCUACAGUUUUAGAAAAUGUUCCUAUAGGUUACUCUGUAAUUCACAUACAGGCUAUUGAUGCGGACUCUGGGGAUAAUGCCCGCUUGGAAUAUAGGUUGAUAGACUUCGGGAUAAACUUUCCCUUUACAAUCAACAACAACACUGGUUGGGUUACAGUUUCUGCAGAACUUGACAGGGAGACUACUGAGCUCUAUAGUUUUGGGGUAGAAGCAAGAGAUUAUGGCUUACCUGCCAUGAGUAGCUCAGCCACUGUAACUGUCACAAUUUUGGAUGUUAAUGACAACAAUCCUGCUUUUACAGAGAAUGUUUAUCACCGCAGAAUAAAUGAAGAUGCACCUGUGGGUUGUAGUGUGUUAACAGUAACAGCAGUUGACAGAGAUGUUAACAGCAUUGUAACUUACCAGAUUUCAAGUGGCAAUACAAGAAACCGCUUUUCUAUCACCAGUCAGAGUGGAAGUGGUUUGAUAACAUUAGCUUUACCCUUAGAUUACAAGCAAGAAAGACAGUAUGUGCUUACUGUUACUGCAUCUGAUGGCACACGGAUGGACACUGCCCAGGUGUUUAUCAAUGUUACUGAUGCUAACACACACAGACCAGUUUUUCAAAGCUCGCAUUACCCAGUAAGCAUAAGUGAAGACAAACCCAUAGGUACGACAGUUGUAAUAAUAAGUGCAACAGAUGAGGACACUGGGGAGAAUGCAAGAAUAACCUAUGUGAUGGAUGAUAACAUCCCACAAUUUAAAAUUGACCCAGACUCUGGUGCCAUCACCACCCAGAUGGAGCUAGAUUAUGAAGAACAGGCUUCUUACACUUUAGCAAUAACUGCUAAAGACAAUGGGAUCCCACAGAAGUCUGACACAACCUAUGUUGAAAUCCUUGUCUUAGAUGCUAAUGAUAAUGCACCUCAAUUUUUAAGAGACCGGUACCAAGGUACAGUGUUUGAAGAUGUUCCCCUGUCUACUAGUGUGCUGCAGAUUUCAGCCUCUGAUCAAGAUUCAGGAUUAAAUGGAAGAUUGAUUUAUACUUUCCAAGGGGGAGAUGAUGGGGAUGGAGAUUUCUACAUUGAACCAACUUCAGGUAUAAUUAGGACACUAAGAAAGUUAGACAGGGAAAAUGUGCCAGUUUACAAUUUAAAAGCCUUUGCUGUUGACAAAGGCAGCACCCCGCUAAAGGCAGCAGUGGACAUUCACAUAAUCGUUCUUGACAUAAAUGAUAAUCCUCCUGUAUUUGAAAAAGAUGAAUUUGACAUUCUUGUGGAUGAGAACAGCCUUGUAGGUUCAGUUGUUGCCAAAAUCCAAGCUACUGAUCCAGAUGAAGGACCAAAUGCACAAAUCAUGUAUCAGAUUGUUGAAGGGAAUGUCCCAGAGGUAUUUCAGUUGGAUUUAUUUAAUGGUAAUCUCAUUCCAUUAGUUGAUCUGGACUACGAAAGCAAAACAGAGUAUGUUAUUGUGGUUCAGGCCACAUCAGCUCCCUUGGUAAGCAGAGCCACUGUUCACAUUAAAUUAGUGGAUAAAAAUGAUAAUGACCCUGUGCUUCAGGAUUUUGAAAUAAUUUUCAACAACUACAUAACAAACAAGUCCAAUAGUUUUCCUUCAGGGGUGAUUGGAAGGAUUCCAGCUUAUGACCCAGAUGUCUCUGAUACUCUCUAUUACACUUUUGUGGAGGGUAAUGAUUUGCAUCUUCUGCUUUUGAAUGAAAACACAGGGGAGUUGAAGCUGAGCCGGGAUUUAGACAAUAACAGACUAUUGGAAGCUCCCAUGAAAGUUUCUGUCUCGGAUGGAAUACAUAAUGUCACAGCCCGAUGUACUCUUCGAGUGACCAUAAUCACUGAUGAUAUGUUAACCAACAGUAUAACAGUUCGUCUGGAGAAUAUGUCCCAAGAACGAUUCCUCUCCCCAUUGCUGUCCCUUUUUGUGGAGGGGGUGGCAACAGUACUGUCUACUACCAAGGAUGGUGUUUUUGUUUUUAACAUUCAGAAUGAUACUGAUGUCAGUGCCAACAUCUUAAAUGUGACCUUCUCUGCAUUGCUGCCUGGUGGUAUACGUAACAAGUUCUUCCCUUCUGAAGACCUCCAGGAACAGAUCUAUCUUAACAGAACUCUGCUGACCAUGAUUUCUACCCAGCGUGUCCUCCCAUUUGAUGAUAAUAUUUGCCUUCGAGAGCCAUGUGAGAAUUAUAUGAAGUGCGUCUCUGUGCUGAAAUUUGACAGCUCAGCUCCUUUCAUUUCAUCGAAUACUGUGUUGUUCCGACCCAUUCAUCCCAUCAAUGGGCUGAGGUGUCGCUGUCCUCCUGGUUUUACUGGGGAUUAUUGUGAAACAGAAAUUGAUUUGUGUUACUCCAACCCUUGUGGUGGUAAUGGACUAUGCAGAAGUCGAGAAGGGGGUUACACUUGCGAGUGCCAUGAAGACUAUACAGGCGAUCACUGUGAAGUGAAUUCCAGUUCAGGUCGUUGUGUCCCAGGCGUAUGCAAGAAUGGAGGAAAAUGUAUUAACCUACUUGUUGGUGGUUUCAAAUGUGAAUGCCCGUCAGAUGACUUUGAGAGACCAUACUGUGAGAUGUCUACUAGAAGCUUCCCAGCUCAGUCAUUUGUCACCUUCAAGGGGCUUAGGCAGCGUUUUCAUUUCACCAUUAGUCUUUCGUUUGCCACUCGAGAAAGGGAUGCUUUGCUUCUUUACAAUGGGCGCUUUAAUGAGAAACAUGAUUUUAUUGCACUGGAAGUUGUUGACGAACAGAUCCAGCUGACAUUCUCAGCAGGAGAGACCACGACCACAGUGUCCCCCUCUGUGCCAGGAGGCGUCAGUGAUGGCCAGUGGCAUUCUGUCCAGGUGCAGUACUACAACAAGCCUAAUAUAGGAAGAACUGGUAUUCCACAUGGGCCCUCAGGAGAGAAAGUAGCAGUUGUAACCGUGGAUGACUGUGAUACUGCAGUGGCAAUACAGUUCAGAAAUGAGGUUGAAAAUUACACAUGUGCUGCUCAGGGAACCCAAACAGGUUCAAAAAAGUCCUUAGAUUUGACUGGCCCUUUGCUUUUGGGAGGUGUCCCAAACUUGCCUGAAGAUUUUCCUGUACGCAACCGUCAGUUUGUAGGCUGCAUGCGAAGUCUGACCAUUGACAGCAAACCCAUAGAUAUGGCUAGUUUUAUAGCCAACAACGGCACUGUGUCAGGUUGUGCAGCCAAAAAAGAUUUCUGUCGUACUGCAAGUUGUCAGAAUGGGGGUACUUGCGUAAACAAAUGGAAUACUUACAUCUGUGCCUGUCCUUUGCAGUUUGGUGGGAAGAACUGUGAGCAAGCCAUGCCUUUCUCUGUGAGGUUCAAGGAUCCAGGUUUGAUUCUGUGGAAUGAUCUUGAUAUUACCAUCUCAGUGCCAUGGUACAUUGGACUAAUGUUCCGAACAAGAAAGUCCAGUGGCCUUCUUCUGCAGGCCAGUGCUGGAAGUGCUUCCAAAGUCAACAUUCAGAUAACAAAUAGGAGUAUACAUUUUGAAGUGUUCAGUGGAAUUAUCCAGCUGGCCAACUUAAAAAUGACCCAGGUACGGGUGAAUGAUGGUGAAUGGCAUCAUUUAUUAGUAGAACUGAAGAGCGCUAAAGAUGGUAAGGACAUCAAAUACCUGGCAACCUUAUCCUUGGAUUACGGCAUGUACCAGAACACUGUUGAUAUAGGGAAUGAGCUACCUGGAUUGAAAAUGAAAGAAAUCUUUGCAGGAGGUUUUCGUGUUGCUCAUGGGCUAGUCGAGAAAGCUUUUCAUGGAUGCAUGCAGGGUCUGAGAAUGGGUGAGACUGCUUCCAGUGCUGCAACACUAAACAUGAACAAAGCCAUCAAGGAGAAUGUUAGUGAGGGCUGUGAAGUAGGAAACGCAUGUCAUUCCAGUCUGUGUCCUGAGAAAAGCAGAUGCAUUGAGGACUGGGAUAGCUACUCCUGCAUUUGUGAUUCAGGGUACUUUGGAAAACACUGUGUAGAUGUUUGUGAUCUCAAGCCUUGCAAACAUGUCUCUACCUGUGUUCACAAGCCCAGCAGUUCCCAUGGCUAUACCUGCGAAUGCGGGCUGAACUACUAUGGAAAGUACUGUGAGAAAAAGAUUAAUUUGCCUUGUCCGAGAGGCUGGUGGGGAAUUCCGAUAUGCGGCCCUUGCAGCUGUGAUACUAGCAAAGGGUUUGAUCCAGACUGUAACAAGACCACUGGGGAAUGUCGAUGUAAGGAAAAUUAUUAUAGGUUGCAAGACAGUGACACCUGCUACCCAUGUGACUGUUUCCCUACUGGUUCAAAAGCUCGCAUCUGCAAUGCACAGACAGGCCAGUGCCCAUGCAAGGCUGGAGUGAUUGGACGGCAGUGCAACCUUUGUGACAGUCCCUUUGCUGAGGUUACGAGCAGCGGUUGUCAAGUGAUUUAUGAAGCAUGUCCAAAGGCGUUUGAAGCUGACAUCUGGUGGCCAGGGACAAAGUUUGGACGUCCAGCAGCCAUGCCAUGUCCUAAAGGCUCAAUUGGGACUGCAAUCCGGCACUGUAAUGAAGAAAAAGGUUGGCUUCCUCCAGAGCUGUUUAACUGUACCACAGUCACCUUUGCAGAAUUAAAAACUUUUAAUGACAAGCUGAACCGCAAUGAGACCAGAAUUGAAAGCUUGAAGUCUAAUGACAUUGCAAAAAUGCUGCAAAAUGCCACCUUGCACACUAACUCCUUUUACGGAAAUGAUGUGAAGACAGCUUACCAGUUACUCAGUAGAGUGUUGCAGUAUGAAAGCCAACAGCAGGGAUUUGAUUUAGCUGCAACAAAGGACAUGGAAUUCAAUGAGAACAUCAUAAAAGCAGGCAGUGCCAUUUUGGAUAUUCUCAACAAAGACCACUGGGAGCAGAUCCAGCGAACGGAAGGAGGCACAGCACACUUGCUGAAACAUUAUGAAGAGUAUGCUAAUAAUGUGGCCCAGAAUAUGAGGAAAACGUACAUGAAGCCAUUCACUGUUGUUACUCCUAAUAUGAUUAUGGCAGUGGAUAUCUUUGAAAGUGCUCGUUUUGAAGGGGCCAAAGUUCCUUGUUUUGAGAACAUAAGGGAAAAAUAUCAUGAAGACCUGAAGUCCAUUGUCCUUUUUCCGGAGAAUUUGUUCAGACCCACUGAGAGCAAAGUGAUGACUGCAAACAAGACUUCCAGUCAGAAAAAUCCUCCAGGUCAGGGAAGCAGCCAUCCUCCCUAUAAUGAUAGGAACUUCUCCAAGAGGACCAAAAGACAACUCGACGAAACCAGCCAGUAUGCUGUAGUUGUUGUGAUAAUAUAUCGCUCAGUAGGUCAGCUUCUGCCAGAGAGCUACGAUCCAGACCGAAGAAGUUUAAGGCUGCCGAACCGACCAGUCAUUAAUACACCGGUUGUGAGCAUCACAGUUCACAAGGAGGGUGAUCCCCAGCCCAGUGUACUUGAAAGGCCAUUCACAGUAGAAUACACAAUGCUGGAAACAGAAGAAAGAACAAAACCUGUGUGUGUGUUUUGGAACCACUCAGCUGCAAUUGGGAAAACAGGAGGAUGGUCAUCUAAGGGAUGUGAACUUGUUUCUCGGAAUCAAAGCCACAUCAGUUGCCAGUGUAAUCACGUGACCAGUUUUGCUGUACUUAUGGAUAUCUCUAAACGAGAGCAUGGAGAGGUACUUCCGCUGAGGAUUGUCACUUACACCACAGUGUCUAUCUCGCUCAUAGCUCUCCUGGUAACUUUCAUCCUACUUGUUUUAAUUCGGACAUUGCGUUCAAAUCUGCAUAGUAUCCAUAAAAGUCUGGUAGCAGCCCUUUUCUUUUCAGAACUGGUAUUUCUCAUUGGAAUUAAUCAGACAGAAAAUCCGUUUAUGUGCACAGUCAUUGCCAUCUUGUUACAUUACUUCUAUAUGUGUACCUUUGCCUGGAUUUUUGUGGAAGGCCUUCACAUUUACCGCAUGCUGACAGAGAUGAGAAACAUCAACCAUGGACAGAUGAGGUUCUAUUACGUGAUUGGCUCGGGAAUUCCUGCAGUUAUUACUGGACUUGCAGUUGGCCUAGAUCCACAAGGUUAUGGAAACCCUGACUUCUGCUGGUUGUCUGUUCAUGAUACACUCAUCUGGAGCUUUGCUGGACCCAUUAUUGUGGUAGUGCUUAUCAAUGUAGUAAUUUUCAUAUUGGCAGCAAAGGCAUCUUGCGGCCGAAGACAUAGGACAUUUGAGAAAAAUGGGGCCAUCUCUGGUCUGCGAACUGCCUUUGUAUUACUGCUUCUGAUCAGCGCCACGUGGCUGUUGGGCUUAAUGGCUGUCAACACUGAUGUCAUGACCUUCCAUUACUUGUUUGCCAUCUUCAGCUGCCUACAGGGACUUGUUAUCUUCUUAUUCCACUGCAUUUUUAACAAAGAAGUUCGAAAGCACUUGAAGAACACUUUCUCUGGAAAGAAAGCCCAUGUGGAUGAGACACUGAUGACCAGAACAUCUUUAUUAACUCGCUCUUUGAACUGUAACAAUACAUAUACAGAAGAGCCAAAUUUAUAUCGCACAACAAUUGGUGAAUCUACAGCUUCCCUCGAGAGCACAGUCAGGUCAGCUAAGAGCCACAGUAGCUACCUUGCUUAUAUUCUCAGAGAUGGAGCAGCACAGAAACUUAGUGGGUCAUCUAGUCAAGCAAAGGUUAGUCAUACGGAAUGUGACUCUUCCAUUUUCCUGAAGAAACCAACAAAGUCUAAAGACAAUUGUCAGUCUGAUUCUGACAGUGAACUGUCCCUGGAAGAACACAGCAGCUCCUCUGCUUCAUCACACUCAUCAGACAGUGAAGAGGAAGGGCGGGAACUGAAACGUAAAAAGUGGAAAAAAUCAGCUCCAAAAAAUAAUGAGACCUUACCAUUACACAGCACACCCAAAGACACUGUAUCAAACCACGUCCAGCCAUACUGGCCUACAGAGUGUCCAACAGCGAGUGACAGUGACCAUGGUGGGACAGAAACACUGAAGGUGGAGACUAAACUUAAUGUGGAUUUUCACAGGGAAACCAAAGUAGAUAAUAUGAAUAUCAUAUCCCAAGACAAAGUGAAUGAAGUGCAAAGCAAGGAGAAUGCAGCUGUACCACAACAGAAUAACCAGCAACCAGAGCAAAGGAAAGGUAUUCUAAAAAAUAAAAUUACUUACCCACCACCUCUAACUGACAAGAAUAUGAAGAACAGAUUGCGGGAAAAAAUGUGUGAUUACAAUCAAACAGUUUCCUCAAGGACUUCCUCUCUGUGCUCCAGUGAUGGGGUCCACUCUACAAAAGGUGUUUUAAUAAAAACUCCAAGGAGGCAGUCAUCACAGGAUCAAUUUAAUGGGCUUAGCAUGAAUGUCCGAACUGGAACCGUCAAUGGAGACACUUCUGAUUCUGAAGGAAGUAAUGAAACUUCAAUCUGAUUCACCAGGAAAUGAAGGCUACUACACUCCUAGGACUUCCUGAGUUGAUAUAAUUUCCUUUUUCAAAGCUGCUGGGACACUGGGCGAAGAAGCAUCUUUUCUGAUGUACAUUUAGCAGACACCCAACUGAUGACAAAGGAAAACAGUGCUCUCAUCUGGUGAAAAGCUGCCUUUGAGAAAGGGAGUUUAUGAAACACUGUUAAUAUUUAACAGGUUGCACGAAAGAUGCCAUAGUACAAGAGGAGAUAAGAGCAUUUUUUCAGCAACUAGGGGCAGUUGGACACCCAAAUUACAGUGGGGUUAUUUGAAUUGACUGAGGUGCAGAGCAUCGCUGUACUUUUUUUUCUGAUAGCCAGCCUUAUGAAGGCAAAAACAGCAAAAAUGGCAAAGAUAAUGUACUUGUGUACUCUCAGAUAAAAGAGCUGGCAGCCAUAAGAAAGCACUGAAAACUGAUGGACAACUUUACAUGACUGUGGUAUUUUGCCUUCUAAACUGCAAGACAUUGAAUUAGAAACCCCAAGUGCCCUUCAAUUGUUUCACUUACAUUUUGGGAUCAAUUGUCUUAAAUGGACUAUUUUUUUGUACAUGGACUUUUGUAGAUAUUUUUAUAUAUUUUGUAUGUUGACUUCUAAAAGGAAAACUGAUAUGUACAUUUUAAAUUUGCAUUGAUUUUAUUAGUUAAUGGAAGGUCUACGAAGGGAUCUUCUGAGUUUUUAUAUAAGAAGAUUGCACAUUUGUACUUGAAAUUGAUGUUUGUCACUGAUCCAUUAAAACUAUGUUGUUGUAAGAUCAGAAUUCUAAACCACUACGCAGAUGUUUCAUUGAAGGCCUUUUUAUAGGAAACAAAGACUAAACCAAGAGACGUACUUUUAUUCUGUUUUAGUGCUGCAGCGAGACUGAGAAAUUGUUUAACAGAAAUGGUGCCCCUCUUUCCUUGCGCAGUAGCUGUAUGCAUAGAACCAUAGUUUGCUUCAACUAUUUUUGUAUUUUGUUUUCUUUUCAUGCUCUUUCUUCAAACAAAUUAAAUGAGUGCAGCCUUGCAUCAGUUAUUGAGGCCCCUCAAAGUAUUUUUAAUUAAAAGUUAAAAUAACUUCCCAUGCAGGUGGGCAUAGCAUAGAGAUACACAUUUCCUUAUAUGUGGCUUCUUGCUGAUAAUCUGUUAAGAAAUUCUUAAGAGAUCCAAAUAUUCUCCCCCUCUCGUCCACUGUAAGAUCAGGUGUAAAACUGAGUAUGUAAGACUUUAGCAAAAACAAAAAAAAUAAUUUGAACUUUUUAAAAUAUGGUAUACAGCUAAGUGUCAACUGAUUUUGUUCUCUUCUGGGACAUAACGUUCUUACCACAGGAAUUAUACAUGUUCUUGUCUGCUGCUUAACAGCAUGAUACUACUUAAGUCCUUUAUACCCUCUUGCUUCACCAGAUUCAGAAAAUUUAUGAAUUGCUAAAAAAAGAUCCUGAUACUUCUGAUUUGCAUUCUGCCAAAUGACUUCUUGUGUAGAACCAGUGUUAUUUCUUUGGUAUGUCUUUAAGUGAAAGGGGGGUUACUGUUUCUUUUAAAUUACAAAGCUCUUGACAGGAUAGUGAAGUAAACCACUUAUUCUGUUGUCUUAGUGCCUGGGCACUGUUAAGCAAUAUUACUGUAAUACUUGUUAAAUAUUCUGGAAAUGUAUUAAAAUAAUUGACAUUUGUAUAUUUUGGCGCAUGCAAUGUACUGUUUUUUUUACAUUUAAGCCAUCAGUGUCAUAAUGAAUGGAGUGUUUGAAAGACAGUAUGCCCAAGGACAUUGGAAAAAAGACUCCGAAGGGCUUUACCAGAGAUAUAUAUAUAUUUAUUAUGUUCAGAACACUGGAAAAAGCAGCACACCGAUGAAAAAUGUAUAAUAAAUUAAUUUUUAAAUGUUAA